UGGAGUAGCCACCAUUUUGCAUGUCUAGUGUGUUCCUCCCUCCAUUGCUAAUAGAGACGAUUCCAGCUAUUUUCUGGCAUCAUUACGGCUAAGAAUGCCAGCUCCGAUCAGACUGCGGGAGCUGAUCCGGACUAUCCGGACAGCACGGACCCAGGCAGAGGAGCGUGAGAUGAUCCAGAAAGAGUGCGCUGCUAUACGCUCGUCCUUCAGAGAGGAAGACAAUACAUACCGUUGCAGAAAUGUGGCGAAGCUCCUUUAUAUGCACAUGUUGGGCUACCCGGCACACUUUGGGCAGCUGGAGUGUCUGAAGCUGAUUGCGUCCCAGAAGUUCACUGACAAACGAAUAGGUUAUUUGGGAGCUAUGUUGCUGUUGGACGAGAGGCAGGAUGUCCACCUACUAAUGACAAAUUGCAUUAAGAAUGAUUUGAAUCACAGCACACAAUAUGUCCAGGGCCUGGCCUUGUGCACUUUAGGCUGCAUGGGAUCCUCAGAAAUGUGUCGUGACCUGGCAGGAGAGGUAGAGAAGCUGCUCAAAACGUCCAACUCCUAUUUAAGGAAAAAAGCAGCGUUGUGUGCAGUUCAUGUCAUCAGGAAGGUCCCAGAACUCAUGGAAAUGUUCCUUCCAGCCACAAAAAACCUGCUGAGCGAGAAGAACCACGGUGUUCUCCACACAUCAGUAGUCCUCCUCACUGAGAUGUGUGAAAGAAGUCCUGACAUGCUGGCCCACUUCAGAAAGCUGGUUCCACAGUUGGUGAGAAUCCUGAAGAACCUAAUAAUGUCUGGAUACUCUCCUGAGCAUGAUGUGUCAGGCAUAAGUGACCCUUUCCUGCAGGUGCGGAUAUUGAGACUACUGCGGAUUUUAGGCAAGAGCGACGACGACUCCAGUGAAGCAAUGAAUGACAUUCUUGCACAGGUUGCAACAAACACAGAGACAAGUAAAAAUGUAGGCAAUGCAAUCCUGUACGAGACCGUGCUGACUAUAAUGGACAUCAAGUCUGAAAGUGGACUGAGGGUCUUGGCCAUUAACAUACUAGGUCGCUUCCUUCUUAACAACGACAAAAAUAUAAGAUACGUGGCGUUGACAUCUCUACUAAAGACGGUACAGACGGAUCACAAUGCGGUGCAGAGGCAUCGGAGCACCAUUGUGGAUUGUUUAAAAGACCUGGAUGUGUCCAUCAAGAGACGUGCGAUGGAACUGAGCUUCGCCCUGGUGAACGGCAACAACAUUAGAGGCAUGAUGAAAGAGCUGCUCUACUUCCUGGACUCCUGCGACCCUGAAUUCAAAGCAGACUGUGCAUCAGGAGUCUUUCUAGCUGCAGAGAAAUAUGCUCCUUCGAAAAGAUGGCACAUAGACACCAUUAUGAGAGUCCUGACGACGGCCGGCAGCUACGUGCGAGACGACUCUGUUCCCAACCUCAUCCAGCUCAUCACUAACAGCGUGGAGAUGCAUGCCUAUACAGUACAGAGACUUUACAAAGCGCUGCUGGAUGACAUCUCACAGCAACCUCUAGUGCAGGUAGCGUCCUGGUGUAUAGGAGAGUACGGAGACCUGCUAGUGUCCGGGCAGUGUGAGGAGGAGGAGCCCAUCCAGGUGACUGAGGAUGAAGUUCUGGACGUGUUGGAAGGCCUCCUGGUGUCCAACCUGUCCACACCUGUGACCCGGGGUUAUUCACUUACCGCCAUCAUGAAGCUGUCGACUCGCUUCAGCAGUGUAAAUCGAAUCAAGAAGGUGGUUUCUAUAUACGGCAGCAGCAUCGACGUGGAGCUUCAGCAGAGAGCCGUGGAGUACAACGCGCUUUUCAAGAAAUACGACCACAUGAGACCAGCUCUACUAGAGCGAAUGCCCAUCAUGGAGAAAACUGCAACUAAUGGCCCCACAGAGAUCGUCCAGACAAACGGGGAGACGGAGCCGUCUGUGGUGGAGUCGAAACAUCCACCGCCGGUCACACAGCCGACCAACCAGGCUAAUGAUUUGUUAGACCUGCUCGGCGGUAACGAUGUGGUGCCGGUAAUCCAGACCACGAUGCCCACCAAGCCCGCCUCGGCUGGAGGAGAGCUCCUUGAUCUGCUGGGUGACCUCUCGCUAAGUGGCGGUCCAGCCCCUGCUCCUGCUCCCUCAGUGCCCACUUCCCAACCCUCUUUCCUCUUGGAUGGCCUCUCCUCACAGCCCCUGUUUAAUGAUAUUGCAGCUGCAGGUAUUCCUCCCAUGACGGCGUACAACAAGAACGGUCUGAAAAUAGACUUUACAUUUGAGAGAGCUAACCCCAACCCAAACAUCGCAGUCAUCACCAUCCACGCAUCCAACUCAACAGAGGCAGACAUGACCGAGUUUGUUUUUCAGGCUGCAGUACCAAAGACAUUCCAGCUGCAGCUCCUCUCCCCUAGCAGUAACGUCGUCCCAGCACUCAACCAGGGAACUGUCACGCAGGUCAUCAGAGUCCUCAACCCACAGAAGCAACAGCUACGGAUGAGGAUCAAGCUGACGUACACCCACAAAGGCUCGGCUGUGCAAGACCUGUCCGAGGUGAAUAACUUCCCCCCUCAGUCCUGGCAGUGAUGAGCCGCUCCUGUUGCUCUUAAAAGCCCCCCCCACCAAGGGAACUAUAUGAAAAAAAAAAAAAAAGAAAAACGAUUUUCCUUUCACCUCCCACCUUUCUUCCAACGGAUCCCUCCCCUGUGACGUCACUGCAGACCGCUGCCCUGGAAGUUGCAUGGGAAGCAGCAGAGCAUUGAACACAGGAGAAACAUACAGAUGCUACGAAGACCCUACUGACUAUUGACAUCACGAGAAUAAUUGGGUGAACAUAUCAAUCGACGAACUUUUCUCUUUUCUUUCUAAAUUGGUUUCCUCUAUCUCUUUACUUACUGUUUUCUCACACACACACACACACACACAUACCGACACACACACCCUCUGCCCAGCACCCACGAAAGCACAUACGCACACCAUUCACUGUGGUACGCUUUACCUCUCGAGUCACUGUAGAGACAAAGUGUUGCCCACCGAAAGCACUGCAGCAACCAUCGUUUGAUUUUCAAAAUGCAGUCGAGAACACUUUGCUCCCUUGAUAUUUAUGAUUGGCUUUCAGAUGUUUUAUAUGAAACUUCACAGUCCUACGACGGCAGCAGAUAAAAAAAGGCUUCGAAAGGCAGCGCAGUCGCAAACCCGUCGGAUAAAAACCCCCCAUUUCUGAUCCCUCCUCCGCAUCACGAGUGAUAUGACUUGUCAGAGUUGUAUUCAUUUUUGAAUUACAUUAAUUUGCUUGAAGCAUGUUUGAGCAUCAUUAGGAUCACGAUCGCACCUGGAUGUAAGCUCGACGGGGGGUUCUCUGGUUCCGGCGGUAGGCUUCGUUAUCCUAUGUUUCUAUAGGACGUCGUCUACAUUUGUUCCGUCGACGUGUUCUGCCCGCUUGCGUCACCCGCGGGCAGCUUCGGAGAACGCGCUCAGAUCCUCCCAGCUCUCAUCUCAUGUGUAGUAACGCGACAGCACUUAGAUCUGUAUAAUAAACUCAGCGGCGAAUCGCUUUUUUGCGUAGUUUGAGGUUUGUUUCGUUCGUUAGUUUCGAUAGAACCCAGGCCUGAGAUUUACCUGAAAACAAGUUUGAGUUUGAGAUCUGCGUUUUUAAACUUUACUCCUGCGUCUGUAUCCUCAGUCUAAGCUGGCAGUUUAGUUACAUUUCAGAUUUGUUUAAAACUGGUUGCACAUACAUGUAAAUUAAGCUUGUUAUGAAUGUAGUUACAUGCACUGAAUGCUUUUUGUUUUUUUGUUUUUUUUUCUUCCCCUUUCUUCUUUUUCAUGACUCUCAUCUUAUCGGCACUAUUUUUUGUGAAAGUAUGUUUUUUGUUUUUGUUUUGUUUUCUUCAGUAAUUUGACUUAAUUUAUGCCUGAUAUCAAAGUGAUGUGCCUUUCUGACUUAGCUAGAUAAAAGCCCCUGAACUAUCGAGUUCUGUAUGAGCUUCGUUUGUAAGUCUGCUUGUGUGAUGUUUUCAAUCUGAGGGGAUUUGGUUUAUCGCUUCAUUUACUUUUUCCACCUCCGUGUCUAAUAUGAAGUUAAUGAUCAGACACUGACUAACACUGGCCCACUUGGAUGUCCACCGUCUUUUUUUCUUUCCUCAUAAUUUUGACAAAACAAUUCGAGCUACAUGAUUGUUUCUUGACAUUAAAAAAAACACCUGUUGGAUGAUAAAUUUUAAAUCUAAUGGCAGCUAAUAGAUGUUUUUCAUAAGCUGACAUCGAGGUUUCAAAUGUUUUUCAAAAGUCUAAAUAAUCACUAAGACACCCCCCAAAACAAACAUUGAAGUAAGAGCGAGGAGAGGCUGUUCUGCGGUGACUGUUUGAUGAUCUAAGUAUGAUUUCUUUGCUUCUUCUUUCUCCAAAUCAGACUUCUGACCACGCUGUCGGGCACAGUAACCUUAAUACCUCACGAUGUCUUUCUGUUAACUUUCGGUGGCAGUAGAUCGACGGCUUUUUUGUUUUUUAAGUCAUGACUUGCAAUCAAAAUGAGGGUGGGGGGGAGCAUCUGUUCUGCAUGAGAGGAACUAACUAAGCGUAGUCUGUACAUCAUCUCAUUACUUAACGAACCUUAGCGGCUCUGCGAUGCUGUGUUGGAGAUCCUCAGAUGUUCAAUCAGGCUGUGUCAUUCUGUUCACUAUGCUUCACUUAUCUUCUAACUUCUGUGACCAAAUCAGAGAGAUUAUUAGCUUUGGAAAUAUUUUUGAGCUAUGAUAUGUGUAUAUGGAGAAAAUUAUUUCAGUUUAACUUUCUUUUUUUUUUCUUUUUCUGUUGUUGACAAAUGCUAUAUUGGCUUUUUUUCUGUACAUAUUGAGGGCUUUUACAAUUUUGUCUCUUGUACUAUCUUUCAUCCUUUUUUUAGAUACCAUUUUCUAAAAAAAAAACCAAUUCCAAUUAUUCACCAUGUAUAUUGUCUAAAUAGAUCUAGCCAUCAUCGGUCCAUGGAGACUCUCCUGUAUCAUCACUCACUCGUUGUAAAAGAUAUAUGAUCUGCUGCCUGUACAUUGUAUAUAGUUGUAAAACAAAACGAACGCUGAUCAGAUUAAAUAAAAAACCCACAUGAAGACUUAAAAGAUUAGCUAGAAAGUAUAAUUGUAUGCAUAUAUGUACAAAAAUAAGAAAUCUUAAAAGGAUGCAAUUGAGCUGCAUUUGAUUGCUGGGUUCCACGAUGGGAUGUGUCAUCUUCUGAGGUAGCUGGUGAGGAUGCUCGGUGGGGCUCCGUUGGAAUAAGAACAGAUGUUGUCUGAAUGAUGUACUGUACUACUGAGAAACCCAAGCACAGUGCUGCACAGCGGCAGAAGUUGCACCUUGCUCUCCAUCUGCUUCCCUGCCCCCCCCCCCACGCCCCUCGAACGCCUCACGUUUCCCCGUCGCCCUCCUUUUGAAGAGGAGCAGAUCACUUUGCCAAGAUGCAAACUCUUCCUUCUGGCCUUUUUACGCGCACUCUUGACAAUUCACAUCUAUUAAACUCUAUUCAACCUACAAAUUGCUUUGUGAGAUGAAGCCCCUCGGUUCUGGUGUGUGUGUGUCGGUGUGUGUGUUCAUUCAUUCUCUCGGUUUGCCUGCUUGUUGUUUUUUUUUUUUGUCUGCCAUGUUUCCUAAUAGCAUCAUAUCCCAGCUGAUAGGAGGUUUUUAACUUCACUGUGAUUGAUUUAUCUCCCCUCCCCGCCCCCCAUUACGGCCAGUAGGUUUAAACUGGUGUAGAGUUUUAUCAGGAAAUGAGCUGACGGAAAUCUGAGACGUGGGUCGGAACAAUGCAGCUCAUUCUUCAGGUUUCCUUUCUUUCUUUCGGCACCCUGAUGUUACUCGUGUCUGCAUGGCAUGACCUCGAACGCGUCAUGUGAAAUUAAUCUGAGCCCGCACCUUUUUUAUUUUUAUUUUUUAACGUCACAUGGUUGUAAAAUCACAGCAGGACAUGAUGGAGGAAGGCAACGGGUGGCUUCUUACUCUGCGCUUAUGACUUAAUCUUUUUUUUAAAAAACUCCACUUCCACCAGUGCUGUAACAUAAACCUGUGCUACGAGCUAAUAGCCACAAGGGGGAGCUGUGCAAAACGGAAGGCCGACGGGAUGGGAAAGGAAGUUUCAUAUUCCUGAAUGUUUUUUUUGUUUGUUUGUUUGUGUUGUUUGUAUUGUCUUAUUCAGCCAGUAUGUACCCUUGUUAAUCACAUCAGAGAAAAGAAAAAAAUCAUUUCUUUCAACGAUACAGUAAAUUCAUGCUGUUUGAAAUGUACAAACCGACUUAAGUGCUUUGGACACUGUAACUUAAGAGGAAGAAACCUUCAGCGGUGUGUGUGAGUGUGUGUGAGAGUGUGUGUGAGUGUGUAUAUAUCUCAGAGAGAGAGAGAAGAUAAUCUGAGCGGGCGUGCGACAUGUCUUUUAUCUACAUAGGACAUGGGAGGAGGUUUUUUUUGGCUGCAAUUUCAACUUCCAGCUUCUGAGCUGCAUGUGAACACCAGUGUAAAUAAUACCAUUUCUACUCUUGACCUGAGACUCUUUUUUCUUUUUUUUUGAAAUGCAAGAAAAGUUCUGAAAUCCGUCACACCAACCUUCAUGGGUCAGCAGUACUAACAUGUGCAAUUAGAAGAUGUUUCUAAGAGGGUGUCUGUCAUUUGGAUUAAUUGGAUUUUUUUUUGUUUGUUUGUUUGUUUUUCUUGUUGGGAUGUGUUCAGUGUACAAAGGGCUUGGAAGAGCAUCUGAAUUACCGCCAUGUUCACUCUCCCUGCUCAAUCAAAAGUAAUGCAUCCACUGUAUUUUGAAAAAUCUGUAACCCUCCCACCCCCUCCCUACCUGCCUCCCUCCUGCCCUGACUGAAAAAUGCUCUUAUCUGAUUUGUUGGGGAGGGAGGGCGAAGGCAUGAGGUUCACUUUUUUUUUUUUUUUUCUGUUUUCUUUUCUUUUUCUUUUUUCUCCCGGUCAAGUUUGACACGUUGAACUGUAUCCCAGUUCCGAGGCUUCAAGGUGAGUGUGAAUGUCGGACUGAAAAUUAUGAAGUUGAUGAUUAAAGAUGAGAAGUUGUAAACUAUUAAAUGGGAUAUUUUCAAUUUAUGCUGUGUAUUCUUGUCUUUGGGUUGGAGAACAUGAUCAAGCGAAUAAAAAGUCAAAUAAAAAAAAUCUAGCUCAA